AUGGGUGAAGAAGAGCUGAUUAGCUUGGGUUUGUGCCAGCCGUUAGUGGCCAGAGGAAACCAGUGCGGAUACCGCCCGGGGCUGCCCAGUAAGCAGGCGCCUGGAGAGAGAGGCGCCCUGCCCGCGCCCACACGCCCGGAAGCAGGGUCAGCUCGUGCCCGAUUCUGGUCCCUUUUGGCUGUCUUGCCGCUUCCCUGCCUUCUUGACGAGCCCCAGAUACGUCCAGUUGUGGACCGGGGGGGCCUGGGUUGGGGGGCGUUGAGGGGCGUCGGGGGAGCAGGGGACCCGGAGCCCUGGAGCGACUCCGGUCGGAGGAGCAGCUGGCGCCCCAACCCCAGCCCAGGGCCCCGGCGGGGACGCAGCGGAGCCGCCCCGGCGGCCUGCGAGGGGUUAACCCGGAGGAGUGGUGGUCGGGUCAGGUUACUUCCUUUAAGGCGGCGGGAAGGAGGAGUCCAGUCCUGGUGGGGCAGGGACGGCUGCAGCCGGGCGGCGUCCGGGAGGCUCGCAGCCCAGGCAAGGGGCGCGGGCGCAGGGCUGCGCGGGGGGCGGCCGUUGGGUGGGCGGGGGCCGGAGGGAGCCGGAGCCUCGACGCCCGGCGCGUGCCGACAGGCGGACAUCUAUCUGCUGCCGCGACGCCCCCUUUCUCCGAUGGGUAAACUGAGGGCACGAGAAAGCGAAGAAUUAAGCUCCCACUGCGAUCCCGUGGCCAAGUACCCUGAGAUCAGCUCGGAACGCCCCUCCCAGAUCUCGUCUCCAGAGCCCUAGGCAGACAGCCCUGGCCCCGUGCAGUGACCUUCGCCUGUCUAAGCCCUGGUUAAUU